CGUGCGCAGUGAGCAAACGGAUCCAUCCGAACAUAUUCCGGCAAGGUAUGGGGCUGAAAUUAGCCAUAAUUGUGACGUUAAUAGCAUUGGCCAGGUGUCAGCUUCUGCCGGAGAACGCGUGCUCCGACUACUUCCUGUACGUGAACGAUGGCUACGAGGGUCUGCAGGGGGAGGUGACCAUCCCGAGCGUGGUGCGGGGCCGCAACCGCAUUGACGUGCGCCUCACCCAGCGGGGGGAUCAAGAUCCCGCCUCCGUUGGCACCCUGCGGCCCUAUCCGGAUGAGGAGGCUGCCCGCUCAUCUGGCGGACCAGCGAAAUUUCGCAUCAGCCUCCGCCCCGACCCCUCCACUGGUCUACUGCCCAAGCUGUCGCGUCUCUCCUACAACGAUCUUUUGCUUUGUUCGGCCAGCGAAUAUGGGCCCCCCAAUAGCUUCUUCAAUCGCUUCUACGAGAUUCAUGUGAGUGGACAAUCGCUGCGGCCUCAGCGGCCACUUCGUCCGUCCUCCGUGUUCGAUCUGUUUCCCGGGGAACAGUCCGAUUUGGAGGUGAAGACGCUCUACUAUGGCAAUCCCGCGCAAAAUUCGUUUCCCUCCUGGACAUCGGUGUCGCCCGGCGGCGCUGUGUCUCCCGUCUGGCGGCAAACUUGGCAAACUGUAGCCCCAGAGCCUGCCCCUGCACUAGUUCCAGCUCGACGCCCACCUGCCACGGCAGCACCCACUUCCUCGACUGUGUUCUGGCAGCCACCAGUCACACCACAGGCAACCACAACCACCACAAUAGCUACACCGCCAACCCGCUCACCGAAUCGAUUCAAUCCCCAAUCCGCAUCGACACCUGUGGAGUGUGGCCGCGAGGGCCGACUCUCACCCUUCAUACAUCGCGGCAAGGAGUUCCCGCGAGGACAGUAUCCAUGGCUGUCGGCAGUCUAUCACAAGGAAUCCCUGUCGCUGGCCUUCAAGUGCGGCGGUUCGCUGAUAUCCACCAGCAUGGUGAUCACGGCUGCCCACUGCGUGUACAAGAUGCAGGAGGAUCGAGUGCUCAUCGGAUUGGGCCGCUACGACCUGGACGACUACAACGAGGAUGGCGCCGAGAUGCACAAUGUGCGGCGAUUGCUGUGGCAUCCAGAGUUCUCCACGCGAGUGGUCUCCGAUGCAGACAUUGCUCUGGUCAGCUUGCAGCGCCCCGUAACAUUUAAUGACGUCAUUGGGCCCAUCUGCCUGUGGACGGAGCAGGAGAGUGAAACGGUCACCAAGUCUGGCUUCAUAGCGGGCUGGGGCACGGACGAGUUUGGCAACUCCAAGACCCAAUAUCCGCGGGUUGUCGAGGCCGAGAUAGCCAGCGCCACGGACUGCAUCAGCACCUGGAAGGCCUCGGCCGUCACCGAGCGCACUCUCUGUGCCGGCAAUCGGGACGGGUCCGGGCCCUGCCUCGGUGACUCGGGCGGAGGCCUGAUGAUCCGGCGGGACACACACUGGGUGCUUCGCGGCAUUGUCUCGCUGGGCGAACGUGGAACCUCCGGCCGGUGCCAGCUCAGCCAGUAUGUGCUCUACUGCGAUCUGUCCAAGCAUCUCACUUGGAUCAACGAGAACCUACGCUAGAUCUGCGAAGAAGCGAAAGAUUUGUAUACCAUAGAUUAAAGAACCCUAAGACACAACACAAUCAAAUUGCUCUC